UAUUGUGGAAAAAAAGAGAGCAUUGGGAUAAGCGUAAAACGGUCGGUUCUAUUCUCUGCCUCAAUAUAUUUCGAAUUGAUUUAAUUCAAUUAUUAAAAGAAAAAUUAAUAUCUUACUCAUCCUUCUCCUCCUCCACCUUCUUCCAUGAUUUCGAGCUCCUCCUCUCACGGCGGCGCCGCCCACAAUGACCACUCUGCCCCUCCCGAUUCCCUGCAUCUCCAGUCCUCCGCAGCCGCCAAGAUCCAGGCGGCCUUCCGAUCCCGCCGGAUCCGCGCUCUGUUCAGAACGAUCGCAGCCGUCGACAGAGAAGCCGAUCAAAUCCAGAUUCUGAUCCAGCGGCAGGAGACGGUGGACGCCGUGAGAAGCAGCGAUCUGGAGAAGGUGCGGAUGAACGAGGCGGUGAUGAGUCUCCUUCUGAGGCUGGACUCGGUGCCGGGGAUCGAUCCAGCGGUGAGGGAGGCGAGGAGGAAAGUGAGCCGCCGGAUCGUCGGUCUGCAGGAGAUCCUGGACGCCGUGGCGGAGGCGAAGGUGGACCGCAACGGCUGGGAUUUGGACGGAAUUGUGAGGAAUUGGGAGGAGACGGUGGCGGAGAUGGAGGCGGAGGUUUGCCGGGAGAGCGGCGGCGAGGAAAUGGAGAGGUUCUGUGCUCAGUAUUUGGGGUUCCGUUGCCUCCAGAGGUUUCUCAGUGGGCAAUAAUCUGCUGCGGCGUAGUGUACGGUUAUUCCCACGUGUCGGAUAUCCACGCGUCAUAGUUUUUCCUUUUUUUUUUUUUGGUUAGACAAAUAAAUUAGUUUAAAGAUGGGGAAAUGAAUAUUUGAAAAAGGUAGAGAUCCCCUAGAUCAUUUGUAACUGUUAUUGAACGUUUAAAAAUGUAGUUAAAGUAUUUUUUAAAAAAGAAAAAAGAACGUAAGAAAAUCUAAGGUAUGGUAAUUUUGUCUUUAA